GGCCCGCCCUGCCGCCCCCGACCCGCUGAGGCGGCCCCGCGCGUGCGCAGCAGGACGCCGUGCCAGCACCUCCCCCCCGCGCAGGCGCCCUGCGGAGACAAGAUGGCGGCGCCCGUGGACUUGGAGCUGAAGAAGGCCUUCACCGAGCUGCAGGCCAAGGUGAUAGACACACAGCAAAAGGUGAAGCUGGCCGACAUCCAGAUCGAGCAGCUGAGCAAGACGAAGAAGCACGCCCACCUCACCGACACGGAGGUCAUGAUGUUGGUGGACGAGACCCGCAUGUACGAGGGCGUGGGGAGGAUGUUCAUUCUUCAGUCUAAAGGAGUGAUUCAUAAUCAGCUCUUAGAAAAACAGAGAAUAGCCGAAGAGAAAAUUAAGGAAUUAGAGCAGAAGAAGUCGUACCUGGAGCGGAGCGUGAAGGAAGCAGAAGAUAACAUCCGGGAAAUGCUGAUGGCCCGAAGGGCGCAGUAGCCGUGUGGGUCCCCCUGGCCUCCCGUGACACCUUCUGGGUGGUUUUGGGCAGCUCUGCCUGUGUGCUGCUCGCCGCUGCCCUGCCGCGCGACCUCCGUUCUCUGCCAGUUUCAAUAAAAUUCGCUGCGAAGCCUGA